AUGUCGAACCUCAUGGAAGACGAGAUGAUGGAGGAUUUCAUUCCCCUAGAGUGCGACUGGACACCAGAAGAAGAAGAGCAAGGAAAAACCAGCCACAUUCCAACCAACCAAGAGACCUCAGCCCAAUCCCUAAAAGCGCACUUCCAGGCCACGCACCCCGAAGUUGAGGUCUACGACUUCCAAUGCGUAUGCGGGCGGUACUUCAAAGCGCAAAAAGACAUGCGCGCGCACCAAAAGUCGACGGGGCACGGGGCGUGCGUGUGCGGCGAGAAUUUCUCUUCCUACGCAGAGCUGCACCGCCAUCGCUACGAGGCGGUGCACUUUAUCCGCUGCAGCUGCACGCGCAUCUUUGGCUCGACGCAGCAUCUGCUGUCCCACCAGCGCCUGGAGCGGCAUGACGGGUUCAGGGACGCGAAGAACGGGCCGGAAAAGCUGGGCCCGCUCGAGAGCACCACCCUGGACGAGGUGCUCUGCCCCUGCGGCGGGCAGCUGAGAGACUCUACUCCUACAACAACAGCCACUGCCAGCUGCAGCGGCGGCGGCGAAGCCUCCCCAGCACCGCCUCUGCGCUGCAGCGACUGCAGCCGCGUCUUCCAAGACGCCUACGGCCCCGCGCGCGACAGCUACGCGCCCGGCACGACGGCCUUCGCCUGCCGCAACUGCGCCCGCGCCUUCAAGACCUGGGACGCCAUGUGGCAGCACCAGCUCUUCAUCCACCACCCCUGCAUCGCCUGCCACCACAUCUUCGUCAGCGAGGCGCGCUUGAUGGCGCAUCAGCGCGCGACCGGGCACUGCCAUUGCGCCGCCUGCGACGCGCAGUUCAUGACGCCGGACCGGCUGCGCCAGCACUUGCUCGAGGCGCAUGGUGUCAGCCGCACGGCGCUGUUCCAGGACGUGCUGGCGGAGGAACGGCCGCUUGAGGCGGCGCCCAGGAGCGGUGGUGGUGGUGGUGGUGGUGGUAGUAGUAGCCACCAGCAGCAGGAGGAGAGGGAAGGGGACGAGGAAGGAGGCGCGCAAAUCUUCAAAGGCGGCUUCAAAGCGGGCGCCAACUUCCUGCACAUCUCGCUCCGCUGCCGCAUCUGCGGGCAAGACUUCACAAGCCCGAAAACGCUGCACGACCACCGCACGCGCGGCUGGCACGACCCCUUCGCCAGCGUCGCGUGCCCGUUCGCCGCCUGCCCCGCCUCGGGCAAAACCUUCCCCUCCGUGUCCGCCCUCCUCCACCACCUCGAGCACGGCCACUGCGCCUCCGGCAUCUGCACCCCCGUGCUCAACGCCCUCCUCCGCGGCGGCCCGCUCGAGCGCUUCGUCCUGCCCGAAUACCAGCUGCGGCCGUCGCCCGAGAGCCCGGUGUCGCAGCGCGCGGCCGACGUCAAUGCCGCUGUCGCUGCUGCUGCUGCUGCUGCUGUCGCUACUACGACGACGCCAGACGAGCAUCAGCCCCCCGAGCUCCGCUGCCCCUUCUGCCCCAGCGCGGCGUACCCCUCGCCCGCGCAGCUCAAGGCCCAUCUCUCCAUGUACAACCACACGCCGCGCUUCCUCGCGUACCCGGCCUACGUGGCCGCGCCGCGCGGCAAGUCGCAGCGCAAGAGCGCCGUCGGCUUCAAUGCCUGGAGCGCGCUUGCCCACUCCCUCGAGACGCUGCUGUGCGCCGGCAGUGUGGCCGGCGUGCAGGAGGCGCUUGAUUGCGUUGAGGCGCGGUUGCGCGCGCUGGCUGUUGUGGGCGAGGAGGCUGAUGUCAUGGUGGAUUGA